AUGGAAAGCAACCCAAUUCCUACACAACCCCGUAAAAAACCAAUUAUCAUUUGCAAUGUAGCAGAAACUGAAUAUGACGUAGUCAAACAUGUUGCUUCAAAAUCUAUGGGCUGGAAACUAAGUUUUGAAGAAAAUGAUGAAGAAUGGGAUAUCACAUGAUGUGACUUAGGAAUCACCCCAGAAAAGCUCAGCAAAAUGAAAUCAUAUCAAAGAAUCAACCACUUUCCUGGCAUGCACGCAAUUCACAAAAAGAACUAUUUAGCAUGAAAUUUAAAUAGAAUGCAAAAACUUCUGCCAGACGACUAUUCAUUUUACCCCAAAACAUGAGUACUCCCAGGAGAUUAUCCUGACUUUAAAUCGCAGUUCAACAAGAAAAAAAUUUUUAUUAUAAAGCCAGAAGCUUCUAGUCAAGGCAGAGGAAUUUUUUUAGCGAGAAGGCCUGAAGAUGUAAACUCAACUGAACGAUAUGUAGCACAAGAAUAUCUUAUGGAUCCUUUUUUGAUUGAAGGGCUGAAGUUUGAUUUAAGGAUUUAUGUAUUAGUAACUGGGUGUAAUCCCUUGAGGAUUUAUAUUCAUGAAGAUGGUCUAACAAGACUGGCAACGGAGGAAUACUCUCCUCCGAAUUUUCAGAACUACAAAGAAAUGUGCAUGCAUCUGACAAAUUAUGCGAUCAAUAAAAAUAAUCCAAAUUUUGUAUGCUUAAAGCAUUUUUCUUAUUUUUUAAUAAAAUAUGUUAUAUAGAAUAAUAUUUAGAAGAAAUGGAAUAUAUAAUGAUGACCCAGAAGAUGAUGGAUCAGGACACAAACGAAGCCUUAAGUCUACUUAUGAGUUAUUAAGGAGCAUGAAUUAUGAUGUUGAUACUUUGCAAAAUCAAAUUGAAGAAAUUAUUGUAAAAACACUAUGUGCAAUUCAGCCGUCCCUAGCUCAUGUCUACAAAUCAUGCCAGCCAGAAGACGCCGGAAACAAUAUGUGCUUUGAACUUCUAGGAUUUGAUAUCAUAAUUGAUAGCAAUUUAAAACCUUGGCUUCUGGAAGUAAACCAUGCCCCUUCCUUUGCAACUGAUUCUCCUUUGGAUUGGAAAAUAAAAAAAAGAGUCUUAAAAGAAACUAUGAUCAUGGUCUGUGUAAGAGCUAGGGAUCGGAAAAAUUAUUUUUUAAAUAAAAAGAUUGAGAUCCAAAAACGGGCAAUUUCAGGCAAAAACUUUAAAGAGACUAAAGAAGAAAGAGCUGAAAUUGCAAGACUUGCACAGGAAAAAAGAAAUAAAUGAGAAAACAACCAUUUAGGAGGCUUUAAAAAGGCGUAUUCCUCAGACAAUAAAGAAAAAUAUGAAAAAUACUUAAAAGUGGCUGGAGAUAUUUGAGCAGAUUGGACUGGUGCAAAUAUUGAUAGAACCAAAAAAGAAGAUCCAGCUAAGCAGAAUCCAGCUAUAAAUGUAAAAAAGCCGCUAGCAAAAAUUAUACCAAGGCCAAGAGAUUCUGCAAAAUCAAACUUAUCGAGAAACGUUAAUAUCUCAAGCCAAGAAAAAGAGGAGUCAAAUAUCCCACAAGUCGACUGAAAUCCAAACCUACCAGUAGAAAAGCAUUCAGUAGAAAGCAUUGAUAGAAAUGGCCAAAUCACUAAUUUUGAAGAUAAUGGUGUGUCUUGAACAAACAUUAACAGAGAAAAAGCAUAUCUUGUAAGCCACUUAAAUGAUAUGCUUAAGGAUAAAUUAAAUCGAGAAAAAUACAGAAAAGAAGAACUCGCAAUGCAUUAUCAGCCUUUAAGGCUGCCUCAAAAUCAAUUUAAAUCAGUUGACCCUCAAGUAACGAAUAAUGGCUCAUUUGUAACUCCUAAAUAUUUUGAUUUUUCUCCUUACAUAAGAAGUGCAUCUACUUCUAAGCAGUCUUAUGAGCCUUCACCUCCCAACUCCCCUGUACUUGAUUGAAUAGAUCGGCAUCGUUCCAUCGAGGCUAGGCGUAAUAUAAUUUUGAAAAAGAAGUAUUUUUUAUUGAAAUUUUCCCAUAAUAUAAAUAUUUAUGGGUUGCAAGAGAUAUUGAUGCAAUAAUUUAAAUAGUGAGGAGAAUAUACUGUAUAAACUUUAAGAUUUAUUAUUGUCAAAGUUAGAUUGUUAAAUUUGAGGCGUGUUUCAUAUUAGGCUAUAUGAAAAUAUUCGAUCAAGGAUUGGGGAUAAUUUUUCUAAUUUUCGAAAAUGUAAAUGGAAUCGUCCAUCAAGAAUGGGGGAGUAAAGUGUUUUAUAGAAGAAAAAUAUCUGCCAAAGUGCCAAUUCAACAUUUUCGAAGAGAAUAA